UUGGGGAGUGUGACUUAUUUAAAAGGCAAUUCAGGUGAGAUAAUUAAAAUUACAUUCGUGCGACAGACGCUUUUAGGACGUGCUUCAAUUAAUUUUGCAUCAUUCGUGAAAUUGCGUCGAGAUAAUGAGGAGUUUUAUCACUAUCCAGGGACUCCUGUGCCUCUUAAUUGGUGUCUCCGUAAUUAGAUCGGUGGACAGUGCAUGUGGUGUUUGUGGGGCAACAUCCAGUGUGGCCUGCAUGAGUGAAACACAGUUCUACGUCUGCUCUGGCGGAGUAGCCAAUCCUGCGACGCUCUACAAUUGUGCCUCGGGAACAGUCUGUGCUGACAACAUUGGCAUUUGUGUUGCUGGUGGUGUUCCGGAUUGUUCUACGUGUGCAACAUGCAAUAACGCUGGAACUUUCGCAUGUCAAAGCUUGACUACAUUUUCCCUAUGCAGCGGAGGUAUCCCCGCAGCUGACACGUACACUUGUCCAGCUAAUCAGGUGUGCGACAUCAAUGCUGUUUCGCCUAAUUUUUGCUCAGUGGAUAAUGGGAACAUUGUUACAUGCAAUCCACCCGUUAUACCCCCAACUACAAGCUCUACGUCUACAACAACAACAACUACUACUACAACCACAACAACAACUGCACCAACAACAACAACAAUUUCCCCAACAAAUUGGUGUGUUACAAAAGGUUCAGUGGGGCGAUUUCCCGUACCAACUGAUCGACUUUGCCAGAGCUACUACUAUUGCUUCCCCAACAACGGGGCUAUCAAUGGGGCUGUCUACACAUGCCCAGGCACCACGCUGUUCAACCCCACUCUACAGCAAUGUGUAGCCUCAACAUCGUACGUCUGCCCCAUCGUGUAAGCCCCCUCUGAAAAAAGAAUUUCAGGGUGAAAAUUGCGUGGGAAAUUCAACGGGAAAUACUUCCAGUUUCAGCAAUAAUGAAUGAAUAAAAAUUAUUUAUCCUCCAAGUUGAGGAAGGAA